UCUCGCGAUAAGUUAUAUUCCUUUAACUUGGCUACGCAUAAAAAAGCAAAAGUCUGCUGGCUUUGAGGAGCACUUUACUUGUGAGACAUGGGUGUAAUACUCACACAGGGUGCAAUUGAAGCCCUGUUAAAAGGAUCACUGAUGAGCAACCCAGUGCUGCAGCUGCUGAACCUCCGUCAGGUCAGUAAUGGCUCUGGUCCACCCAGGUUCCGGCUCUUGAUGAGUGAUGGUCAGCACUAUUUUACUUCCUUCCUGCUGGCCACACAGUUAAACAAUCUGCCCGAAGAGAACCUCCUGGUACCUAACUGUGUGUGUAUGUUGAAGAAGACAACCGUCAACACAUUGUCAGAUGGCAGGCGUGUGGUGGUUGUGAUGGACAUGGAGAUACUGCAAUCAGCCGAGGAAACUGGAGGGAAGAUUGGAAAUCCUACUCCAUAUAAUACAGUUGACAUGUCAUCUCCACAGCAGUCGGCCUCAAGUACCUCUGUCCCGGUAUCCCCUCCAUCUGCUGAGGUACCUGGACCCUCCUAUAAGAACACCAGCACCCUUUCUCCUCCCCGAGGUUUUACGGGAAAGUCACCCAUGAAGGCUUCACCAAUGAAGUCUUCACCAAUGAAGUUUUCACCCAUGAAGGCUUCACCAAUGGCUUCACCCAUGAAGGCUUCACCCAUGAAGGCUUCGCCAAUGGCUUCACCCAUGAAGGCUUCGCCAAUGAAGUUUUCACCCAUGAAGGCUUCACCCAUGAAGGCUACCAGCACUUCUCCUGGUUCUUCAACAAAAGUGAUUCCUAUAGCAAUCCUUAACCCCUACCAAAGCAAGUGGACUGUCAGAGCCCGAGUCACCAGCAAGUCCAGUAUCCGCACCUGGAGUAACUCUAGAGGAGAGGGCAAGCUUUUCUCCUUUGAGAUAGUGGAUGAGAGUGGAGAAAUCAAGAUUACAGCCUUCAAUAAAGAAGUGGACAAGUUUUUCUCUCUAGUGGAGCAAGGCAAGGUGUACUACAUAACCAAGGCUACACUGAAGGUGGCCAACAAACAGUACAACACACUGAAGCACAACUACGAGAUGACCCUCCACGCUCAGUCGUCCAUCGUGCCAUGUGAUGACAAUCAGGGCAUCCCUGCAGUGCACUGUGACUUUGUGCCCAUCGCAGAGCUGGAGAACCGAGACAAGGACGCCAUCAUUGAUGUGAUUGGAGUGUGUAAGAGUGCUGAGGAUGUAUCCCGUAUCACCACUAAGACCAGCAGAGAAGUCUCCAAGAGGGCCCUCGACAUAAUAGACACAACUGGCAAAGUGGUGACAGUCACACUGUGGGGAGAGGAGGCGGAGAAGUUUGAUGGUUCCGGGGAGCCUGUAGUCGCCAUCAAAGGAGCUCGCUUAUCUGAUUUUGGGGGCAUAUCUCUCUCUGCUUUGUUCAGUUCAACAGUCAUGGUCAACCCAGACAUACCGGAGGCCUUUAGUCUGCGGGCCUGGUAUGACCAGAGAGGCUAUGCGCUUGACAGCCAAUCCCUGACAGAGACGAGGUCAGUGGGGAGCGGCGCAAAGGUGAACUGGAAAACACUGAGCGACGUUAAGAAUGAACAGUUGGGACAAGCAGAGAAGACGGACUAUUUCAGCUGCAUGGCGACAGUGAUAUACACUCGUAAGGAGAAUUGUCUAUACCAGGCCUGUCCAUCUGCAGACUGCAACAAGAAGGUCAUCGACCAACAAAACGGACUGUACCGCUGCGAAAAGUGUAACCAAGAGUUCCCUAACUUUAAAUACAGACUCCUACUUUCUGCCAACUUAGCAGACUUCGGGGAUAACCAGUGGGUGACAUGCUUCCAGGAGACAGCUGAGGUCCUGUUAGGUCACAGUGCAGAAACACUGGGACAGCUCAGAGACACAGACGAGGCUGCAUUCGAUGAAGUUUUUCAGAAAACCAACUUCACAACUCACAUCUUUAGAAACAAAGUCAAGCUGGAGACGUACAACGAUGAGAGUCGAGUAAAGGUAACUGUAAUGGAAGUCCAGCCAGUUAACCACAGGGAGUACAGCAGGAGACUCCUCAGUAACAUCCGUAAAUUGGCCAGAUGAACUCUGUCCCAGUCAUCCAAACGCCUGCCUGGUGAUUAGUCUUCCACUGGUCUCUGACUGGUGUCUGACUUUUUCUAUCAGCGAGAUAGCAGCAUAUCUGACUGAGGCAGCAGAGGGGCGGCCAGUGAUUCAUCUAAUUAAAUGGCAGCUGAAUAAAAGGCUGGUAUUUAGUAGUUCACUUCCUUGAACAGGCCAUUUGUGAAACACUGGAAACGUGAUGGAAAUGACUUUUACCUUUUUAAUUUAAUGACAUUUCAACAGAGCUUUGAUUAUUUGAUUACACAUAACCAGUUUAAGACCUGCUUACAUUUUUCUUAUGUUUCAUGUAUCAUACAUGCUAAGAUCACAGCGUUUUAUCUUUUUUUAUAUACAAAUUAUGUAUCUCUUUGGUGUUAAAUCUGUGGUGGUGAUGCUCAGUGUGAGUUGAGUGAGACGUAGAUGAGUCAGAUUUUAUUUAACUUUCUUUGUUUCAGUUUAAAGAUAAAAGCAUGUCAAAAUGAUGUGCAACAUUCAUGUGAACGCAUUUGUUUUAACUGUUUUACACAUUUUGUACUGCUUGUUUAAAUUAUUUUUUGAGUUAAAAAAAUUUGUUUGGUUUGCUUCUGCGCUUCCAAAAAAUGUCAAAAAAGGAAUGAGGGACUUAAAGGAUGUCAAGAUAAAAA